UACGAAUGAUCAAUCGAACCGGGUUUACAGUGAUUGAGUGAACUGUGCGUGUGUUCGUUACAUUACAUUUCAUAAACACUGCACUUGCUGACAAGGUUUGAAACUUUUAGAAAUAAAUUCGAUAAAAAAGACCACUUUGUUAAAUCAAAGAUGUUGGAAGUUGUCGAAGCUAGACGUGAUGAUGGACAGGUAGACGACUACAGUGGAACGAAGAUAGCAGACCCCUACCACUGGUUGGAAGAUCCUGACAGUGAAGAAACAAAGGCUUUUGUUGAUGCUCAAAAUAGCAUUUCUAGGCCAUUCCUGGACACCUGUCCUGCGAAAAAUCAAUUAAAUAAAAGGCUAACGGAACUAUGGGACUACCCUAAAUAUGGCUGUCCAUACAAGAGAGGCAAUCAUUACUAUUACUCCUAUAACACUGGACUCCAGAAUCAAAGCGUUGUUUAUGUGCAAGAUACUUUGGAGUCUGAGCCUCGAGUAUUUCUGGAUCCAAAUCUUCUCUCUGAUGAUGGGACAGUCUCCCUUAAUGGGAGGGCAUUUUCUGAGAAUGGGCAGUAUUUUGCUUAUGGACUUAGUAAGAGCGGAUCUGAUUGGAUAACCAUCAAAUUUAAAGAAGCCCCCUCUGGUAAAGACCUGCCUGACAACCUGGAGAAGGUCAAAUUCUCUAGUAUGGCUUGGACUCAUGAUCACAAAGGUUUGCUGUAUAAUAAAUAUUUAGAUGAGAACAUCAAAGCACAAGGCACAGAAACUGCUUCCAAUCAAAAUCAGAAGUUGUUUUAUCAUCGGUUGGGAACUGACCAAUCAGAAGAUGUCUUACUGGCAGAAUUUCUGGACCAUCCAAAAUGGAUGAUAGGUGCAGAGGUCAGUGACUGUGGACGUUACAUCAUUCUGUGUCCACAAGAGGGAUGUGACCCGGUCAAUCGUCUGUUUUAUGUUGACCUUCAAACUCUGCCAGAAGGAAUCAAUGGUCUUCUUCCUUAUGUCAAAGUAGUGGAUAACUUUGAUGCAGAAUAUGAGUACAUUACAAAUGAAGGCACAUUGUUCACUUUCAAAACCAACCUGAAAGCUCCCCGGUACAAGCUGAUUCAGAUUGACUUGUCCAAGCCAGAAAUGGAGAACUGGAAAACUCUUGUAGAGGAACAUGAGAGUAGUGUGUUAGAGUGGACAGCCUGUGUCAACAACAACAAGCUGGUCAUGUGCUACCUUGAAGAUGUCAAGAACAAGCUUUAUGUACACAACUUAAGUGAUGGACAGAGAGUGGCAGAAUUCCCAUUGGAAGUUGGAACUAUUUCAGGGUAUUCCGGGAGAAAAGAACAAACAGAGGUAUUUUUCCAAUUUGUAUCCUUCCUGACACCAGGGAUUAUUUACAGAUGUGACAUGGCAACAAGCACUUAUUCUCCCACGGUGUUUAGGAAAACAGAACUGAAGAAUUUUGACUUUGAUCAGUAUGAAACCAAGCAAAUCUUCUAUUCAAGUAAAGAUGGAACCAAAAUCCCAAUGUUUAUUAUUAUGAAAAAGGGCAUAGCCUUGGAUGGGAACAACCCUUGCCUUCUGUAUGGUUACGGAGGAUUCAACAUCUCAAUAUCACCUCACUUCUCCGUCUCUCGUCUGGUGUUCAUGCAACAUCUGGGAGGUGUCUUUGCUGUGGCCAACAUCAGAGGUGGAGGGGAAUAUGGUGAAACUUGGCAUAAGGGUGGCAUGAUGGGAAACAAGCAAAAUUGUUUUGAUGAUUUCCAAGCAGCUGCUCAGUAUUUGAUUGACAACAAGUACACAUCUAGCAAGAAAGUGAUAAUUAAUGGUGGAUCUAAUGGUGGCCUACUGGUGGGGGCAUGCAUGAAUCAGAGACCCGACCUGUUUGGUUGUGGGAUUGCACAAGUAGGUGUAAUGGACAUGCUGAAGUUCCAUAAGUUUACAAUAGGACAUGCCUGGACCACUGAUUAUGGCUGUAGUGACAAGCAAGAUCAAUUUCAGUGGCUUAUCAAGUACUCCCCUCUCCACAAUAUCAAGGUCCCUGAUGGUGAUGUACAGUACCCAGCGGUGUUACUACUAACAGGGGACCAUGAUGAUCGAGUCGUGCCAUCCCACUCUCUGAAAUUUAUUGCUCAACUUCAUCAUACCAUGAAAGAUUGCAAGAAACAGACCAAUCCAUUGAUGAUCCGGGUAGACACGAAAGCUGGUCAUGGUAUGGGAAAACCUACAGCCAAAAUUGUGAGUAUUUCCAUCAAGUUAUGCUGGCUUGUAACCAAACUUUGCAAUUUUAGUUCCAUUUGUAACCCCACGAUUUGGAAGUGCUAACUCUUGCUGAAAAUAUGUUUGGUUUUAAAUGUAAUCUGUAUACUAUGGAGUGGUAGUUAUCAUGUAGCUUAAUUUCCUUUUUAUACAUAAAGACGGGACGUAUAAUUGUACAGCAAUGUCUGUCCUUCCGUACGGGGUUUUCUGUUUCUAAUUUCAUUUCUCUGUCACAUAUCAAGCUGAAACUUGCUAUGUAGCUUCUUUGUGGAUCACUCUAGAUCCUGUUGCAAUUUUGAUCCAUAUCAGACUCUCUUGCAGGAGUUUUACCCCUUUAUUAUACCCCCCGAACAAAGUUCAGGGGGGUAUAUAGGAAUCACUCUGUCUGUCUGUCCGUCCGUCUGUCUGUGCAGAUUUGUGUCCGGGCCAUAACUUCUUUGUUCUUUGACUUAGGCAUACCAUAUUUGGCACACAGGUGGAUCACCAUAAGAUGAUGUGUCGAGUACCUUCAUGACCUCUAUAUGACCUUGACCCUUGACCUCAAGGUCAAAAUUAAAGGUUUUUUUACAAUGGAUUCGUGUCCAGGCCAUAAUGUCUUUGUUCUUUGACAUAGGCAUACCAUAUUUGACAUAUGAGUGUAUCACCAUGAGACAAUGUGUCAAGUACUUUCAUGACCUCCAUAUGACCUUGACCUCAAGGUCAAAAUUAAAGGUUUUUACAAUGGAUUCGUGUCAGGGCCAUGACUUCUUUUUUCUUUGACAUAGCCAUACCAUAUUUGACACAUGAGUGUAUCACCAUGAGACGAUGUGUCAGGUACCUUCAUUACCUCUAUAUGACCUUGAACUUUGACCUCAAGGUCAAAAUUGAUUAUAGGGUUUUGACAUAGUCAUACCAUAAAACAUGGGUGUAUCACCAUGAGACUAUGUGUCAUGUACAUUCAUGACCUCUUUAUGACCUUGACCUUUGAUCUCAAGGUCAAAAUUAUAGGUUUAUGGCAUGGAUUUGUGUUUGGACUAUAUCUUCCAUUUUCUUCUACAAAGGCAUACCAUAUUUUUACACUCAGGAAAGAGGUAAUUUAUACUUAAAAACAACACCCUUUGGGACAUUGGGUAAGCGGGGGGUAUUCUUAGUGAGCAUUGCUCACAGUACCUCUUAUUUCCAUUGAUUUUUUAGCUCACCAGAGCUGAAAGCUCAGGUGAGCUUUUCUGAUUAUACACCUUUUGUCUGUUGUCUGUCUGUAGACUUUUCACAUUUUUGUCUUCACCAGAACCACUUGGCCAAUUUCAAUCAAACUUGACACAAAUCAUCCUUCAUGUUUCGUGAGAACUACAGGGCCAGAAAAGUUGAAAUUCACAUGAAAGCUUCCAGACAUAGAGUAGAUUCAAGUUGGUUCAAAUAUGGCCCCAGAGGGUAGGAUGUAGCCACAAUAAGGGGUUUUACAUGCUGAUAUAUAUAAAAAUUCUUUAAAAAUCUUCUAAAGAACCACAGGGCCAGAAAAGCUUAAAUUUAACUGACAUAAACUUAAGUAGAAUGACGUUUGCUCAAAUCAUGGCCCUAGAGGGUAGGGUGGGGCCACAAUAGCUUUACAUGCAGAUACAUUGGAGAAAAUCUUUAUAAAAUCUUCUCAAGAACAACAGUGCCAUGAUUAAUCAUUUUGAUAUUCAAGCAUUCCCAGGUAGUGCAGAUUCAAAUCAUGAUUGCCAGACAUUGUUUAUGGCCAGAAUAAGGGAUCAAAGUUUUAUGUAAGAAUUUAUAGGGAAACAUCUGAAGAACAGCUGGGCCGUGAUUAGUCAUAUACAUACACAAGAAUGUUUGGGUAGUUCAAAUAUCCCUGCAACUAUAGUCAGGAGGCAUAUUGUUUUUGUUCUGUCUGUCUAUCUGAAACUUACUCAUAACUUUUUUGAAUAAUGAGUGAUAGGGCUUUCAUAUUUUAUAUGUGUAUUCCUUAUGACAAGACCUUUUAUGGCACCAUACUUUUUAACCUUGUGACCUUGACUUUGGAGUUUGACCUGCUGUUAAGAAAACCUAACCAUUCAAUAUCUCCUGAACUAUUUACAGUAGAACUUUCAUAUUUUGUAUUUAGAUUUAUUUAUAUUAUGGCAAGACUUUUUAUAUCAUACCAUGAUCUUUGACCUUAUUCAGAAUAGCAAGAUCAUGUUAGUCGUAUUGGUGUUAGGCAUCCCUAUGUUGUGUGAAUUUAAAUUCAUUUAUGUCAUGACCCUUUGGGGCUAGGUUUAGGCCACAAUAUGGGGUCAAAAUUUUGCAUGGGAAUAAAGAUUGAAAAAAAAAUCUUUUAAAGAUCACAACAGCUGAACAACAGCAGGGCCAAGGUGACUCAGGUGAGCGGUGUGGCCCAUGGGCCUCUUGUUUCAUCUUUCUUUCAGAUAGAAGAGCUGACUGAUAUAUACAGCUUCAUUAUACAGACAGUGGGGGCCAAAUGGAGGGAUUGACAUGUGGUCAAACUAUAGCAACAGAAAGCAACUAAUUUCACUGUGACAAAUACAAACAGGAGAGAAGACUUUAGUCCUUAGACUAAUACUACCUUAUGUUAAAAUAUCAGAUGUCAUUUACACAUUCAAAAUUUAUGCAUUUCAUUGUAUUUAUAAUUUUAAUGUGUACAAUUAUAUCACAAAAUACU